AUGGUGAGAGCUAAGCAUAAUGCUAAACAAUUUUCUUUGUCCUGCCAAUUGGGUCGCGGUGGACUUCGAAUGGUCGUGAGUAUUGACCCUCAAAAACAAUUUGGGGGCUCAACAGUCCUUGGGGAUGCUGGUCUUAAGCAGCACAUAGGUCUAUCAGUAGCUAUGGCUGCUGCAUCACUUAUGGUGGGAGCUCUUGGAGGUCCUCAGAUUGGUAGCAACUCCAAUCAAAAUGGGCAGCAGGGUCAGGUAAUGGCUUCACAAAAAAAAGGAACAAGCCUGCCAGUUAUUACUUGCAAGCCCGCAGUUGCCAAAAACUCUUUUGCAGGUAUGAAUGGAACAACAAAGCAAAUCAAGAAUUACAACACCACCGCUUGCUAUUUCCUCUAUUGCCUUGAUGAUAUUCUUGAUGAUCCAUCUGAUGAAGGUGACGACGAUAGAGAUCUUGUUUUUGUCUUGGCUGAAAGUGUCCAAACGGUGAAUUUUGAGUUGUCAGUUGCGAUGACAUAA